GGUGACGUCAGAUUCAUUCGUCGUAGACGUCAAACACGAAAUUGUAAACAAAUAAUUUAAAUCUUUUUUACUUUACCAAAUAAAAUGUCCAAAGUAACAAAUGUGAACUCUAGUUUAGCGUAUGAAAUUCUGCUUUACUUAAAUAGUUUUUAUUUAGGUAUGUUCUUCGUGUGUGAAGUCGCUAUGGGGAUUCUAAAGGCGAUAAAUGUUUCUUAUCCAGAGAAUGCCUUGCUGACUGAGGCAGGAAUAUUUUGUGCCCUCUGUCUGGUCGAAGUGAUCCGAAUUUUCUUGGGACGAAGAGGAAAUUUGGCUAGCAAAAAAAUUCCAGUAUUCUUCUCAGUAAUUCUAACCAUCCCCUCUGCAGUAGGAGUGUGCUAUUUUUUAAUUUACCAAACCUACAUUCUCCGCCUGGAAUACAUUUGGUGUGCUGUGAUGCUGAUAUUCCAUGCCCUGGAGCUUGCCUUCGCCAUUCUCUUCAUCUUUACUGUGUGUAAACACCAGCAGUUUGAAUAGAAUACAUUUACACAGAGCUCUUUGCCAAAGAAAUAUUAAUGCCAAAUGUUUGAUAUUAGAAAAGAAAUAAGAAUUGUUUCUCUGACUCAUAUUGCAUACUCUGGAGCUAGUUUUUGCCACCUUAAUCAUCUUUAGUGUAUAAAUUUCUAGUUUGAAUAGCAUAAUUUUAAAUGUUACUAUUUUAAUGAAGUAAUGGCCAAA